AUGAGGAAUCUUGAAAGACAAGUGGGACAAUUGGCUAGACAAGCUGAACGGCCAACUAAUACCUUCCCAAGUGAUACAAUCCAUAAUGCAACGGAGGAAUGUAAAGCUGUGCAGUUGAGAAGUGGCAAGAUUGUUGGAGAAGACACAAAGGACAUCAAUGAUGAAGCAACAAAGCCAAAAGAAGAGGACAAACUGGACAACAAGAAGGAUAAAGAGGUACAAACCUCUAAGAAAGGCAAAGAAAUUAUGAAGCCACAACCAGAGGAAAAGAAGGAAGGAGUGAAGCCCUAUGCACCCAAACUCCCUUACCCACAGAGGCUACACAAAGAAAUGAGGGACCAACAAUUCCCUAAAUUUUUGGAAAUCUUUAGGAAACUUGAAAUUAACAUUCCAUUAGCUGAAGCCAUGGAGCAGAUGCCAUUGUAUGCAAAGUUUCUUAAAGAACUGAUUACCAAGAAGAGAAGCUGGCAGGAAAAAGAAACUGUGAUCCUCACCCAAGAGUGUCGUAUAAUCAUUCAAAAGGGACUUCCACCAAAACUCAAGGAUCCAGGAAGCUUCCUUAUACCAUGCACUAUUGGGAACAUGUUCAUUGAUAAAGCACUCUGUGACCUGGGAGCAAGUAUUAAUCUAAUGCCUCUAGCCAUGAGGAAGAAAUUGAUGAUAGAAGAGGUUAAGCCCACAAGGAUGUCAUUACAACUUGUUGACAGAUCUCUCAAUAUACCAAAUGGAGUAGUGGAGAACCUAUUAAUGAAAGUUGGAAAAUUCAUAUUCCCAGCUGAUUUUGUGAUCUUGGACAUGGAUGAGGAAGGAAAUAACUCAAUCAUCCUUGGAAAACCAUUUUUGGCCACUGCUAGAGCAAUCAUUGAUGUUGAAAAGGGAGAGAUGGUUCUCAGAGUGCAGGAGGAGCAAAUGGUUAUCAAUGUUUUCAAGGCAAUGCAAUAUCCUACUGAGAAAGGAAUUACAUGA